AAUGUGAUGCCAAUAUUUCCCCAGUGUGAUAAACAGAGGUCAGAGUGGCAGUGAAUGUAGUGCAGCAGUUGAUUAGUCAAUUAUCGGCAGAGACACUGCUCAGGACAGCUCCUCACUUAACAACAUCAGCUAUCAACAUUGCGAGUAACAAAAAUGAAUGCUGCAGAUCUAUGCUGGUUGGUCAUGAUAAUCAUCACCGUCAGUAAUGUACAAUCAUACCCAUAUCAUCGAAACCAACUACAAAUAUCCAACAUACCUCCAUCUUGGGUAUACCACCAUCAUCAAAAUCAGCAGGUAGGUCUACAGCAACAAGAAAUACCAGACAAGUAUACUCAAGUGCAACAAGAGGAUUUGGGCCAACAAAGUGAAUUAGAAUUUGGUACACAGCAACCAAUUCCUGGCAAGUAUACUCAAAUACAACAAGAGGAUUUUGGUCAACACGAUGAAUUGGAAUUUGGUUCACAGCAACAACAAAUUCCCGACAAGUAUACUCAAGUACAACAGGAGGAAUUUGGUCAACAGGGUGAAUUGGAUUUAGGUUCACAGCAACAACAAAUUCCUGACAAGUACACUCAAAUACAACAGGAGGAUUUGGGUCAACAAAGUGAAUUGGAAUUUGGCUCACAGCAACAACAGAUUCCAGACAAGUAUACUCAAGUACAACAGGAGGAAUUUGGUCAACAAGGUGAAUUGGAUUUUGGUUCGCAGCAACAACAAAUUCCUGACAGGUACACUCAAAUACAACAGGAGGAUUUCAGUCAACAAGAUGAAUUGGAAUUUGGUUCACAGCAACAACAAAUUCCCGACAAGUAUACUCAAGUACAACAGGAGGAAUUUGGUCAACAGGGUGAAUUGGAUUUUGGUUCACAGCAACAACAAUUUCCCGACAAGUAUACUCAAGUUCAACUGGAGGAUUUGGGUCAACAAAGUGAAUUAGAAUUUGGCUCACAACAACAACAAAUUCCCGACAAGUAUACUCAAGUUCAACAGGAGGAUUUGGGUCAACAAAGUGAAUUGGAAUUUGGCUCACAACAACAACAAUUUCCCGACAAAUAUACACAAGUUCAACAAGAGGAUUUGGGACAACAAAGUGAAUUAGAAUUUGGUUCACAGCAACAACAAUUUCCCGACAAGUAUACUCAAGUUCAACAGGAGGAUUUGGGUCAACAAAGUGAAUUAGAAUUUGGCUCACAACAACAAAUUCCCGACAAGUAUAUUCAAGUUCAACAGGAGGAUUUGGGUCAACAAAGUGAAUUAGAAUUUGGCUCACAGCAACAACAAUUUCCCGACAAGUAUACUCAAGUUCAACAGGAGGAUUUGGGUCAACAAAGUGAAUUAGAAUUUGGCUCACAACAACAACAAAUUCCCGACAAGUAUACUCAAGUUCAACAGGAGGAUUUGGGUCAACAAAGUGAAUUGGAGUUUGGUUCACAGCAACAACAAUUUCCCGACAAGUAUACUCAAGUUCAACAGGAGGAUUUGGGUCAACAAAGUGAAUUAGAAUUUGGCUCACAGCAACAACAAUUUCCCGACAAGUAUACUCAAGUUCAACAGGAGGAUUUGGGUCAACAAAGUGAAUUAGAAUUUGGCUCACAGCAACAACAAUUUCCCGACAAGUAUACUCAAGUUCAACAGGAGGAUUUGGGUCAACAAAGUGAAUUAGAAUUUGGCUCACAACAACAACAAAUUUCCCGACAAGUAUACUCAAGUUCAACAGGAGGAUUUGGGUCAACAAAGUGAAUUAGAAUUUGGUUCACAGCAACAACAAUUUCCCGACAAGUAUACUCAAGUUCAACAGGAGGAUUUGGGUCAACAAAGUGAAUUAGAAUUUGGCUCACAACAACAACAAUUCCCGACAAGUAUACUCAAGUUCAACAGGAGGAUUUGGGUCAACAAAGUGAAUUAGAAUUUGGCUCACAGCAACAACAAUUUCCCGACAAGUAUACUCAAGUUCAACAGGAGGAUUUGGGUCAACAAAGUGAAUUAGAAUUUGGCUCACAACAACAACAAUUUCCCGACAAGUAUACUCAAGUUCAACAGGAGGAUUUGGGUCAACAAAGUGAAUUAGAAUUUGGCUCACAGCAACAACAAUUUCCCGACAAGUAUACUCAAGUUCAACAGGAGGAUUUGGGUCAACAAAGUGAAUUAGAAUUUGGCUCACAGCAACAACAAUUUCCCGACAAGUAUACUCAAGUUCAACAGGAGGAUUUGGGUCAACAAAGUGAAUUAGAAUUUGGCUCACAACAACAACAAAUU